UAAGUAAUGUCAGACUUUUGCUGAAAAUUUUCCAUUCAAUGAAUUUUUUCUAAACAAGGGAAUCAACAUGUCUAUUGAUAGUAGACUUGAAAAAGUUUUCGACGACGCAUUGAAGACAUAUACAAUAGUGAAUGUUUUUGCUGGAUUUGUUCGUUUAACUCCAGAAGACCAUGACAAACGGCUCCGUGCAUGCCUUUCUCAAUUUUCAAGAAAUGACCCGAGAGAUUGCGCCCGAAGAUUGUGUGUCUGGUUUGUUGAAUUUUUUCCAUAAACAAACUGUUUUACGUCACAUAAAUUUUGUAGCGGACAUGAUCGAAAUUUGUUUGAAGGAUUCGAUACUACCUACCAAAACAGUUCUGCAGCGUUUAAUUCCUCAUGAAAUGUUGAAACAUAAUCGUCGUGUUCAUUGGUGCAAAACGUUUGAAAUUUUAAAGGAAUAUAUUCAUUUAAUUGAUUAUAAAGGAUGUCGUGAUAUUCUGCAUCUAGUUCUGUUGAAGUUGAAAAAUGUACCGACAACCUCUUGGUCUGAAAUGACAGAACAAAUGAAUGCUAUAAUUGAUGUAAUUGAAUACCUAUUAGAUCCAGAAGCUUGUCUAUUACCAGGGUAUUUAGCCGUUAAUGAGAUUCGUCAAUAUUCUGGGGAGGACCAACCACCCGGUCAUUGGAGUCUAUCAGGGAAAGUCACGGAGUUUGUAGACAGAUUUCAUGCAACGGCGACCAUGGUUUCCACAACAGGACGGUCACAUCUUUUGCCGGUUGUUUUUCAUUUUUCUGUUCCGUUAACGACCACUUGGAAACUUGAUCAUGAGACUUUGAGAUUCACAACGAGAGGACAACUUCCGUAUGAUAGAAGUUUAUAUCAACGCCAAACGAAGCUCUUGAGAUACAUUCUUGAGCAGCCGUAUUCAAGAGAUAUGGUGUGUCAUGUUCUGAAUCUUCAAAAACAGCAAAAGCAAAGAUGCGAAGCGUUAGAAACAGAACUGGUUGAUUUAGUUGUCAGCACAAUGGAACGAACUAGUGAAAUCGAAAAUUUAGAUGAAAAGGACGAUGCUUAUCGUAUAAUACAUUUACAAUGGCAACAUUUAUCAAGUCAGGUGAUCUACUUUGUUCUUUUGCAAUUCGCAGUUUUCCCAAGAAUGGUUGAAAAUUUUUAUCAGAAACUUUCAUCAAGAAAUGUCAAAAAUGGACGUGAUCAUUUGAUGUGGGUCUUGCUUCAAUUUAUUUCAGGAAGCAUUCAAAAAAAUCCACUCAGCGAUUUUCUUCCGAUUAUAAAGUUGAUGAAUUUGUUGUAUUCUGAACGUCAACCUCUUCCAGAACCUGAUAUAACGAAGCCGUUCAGCACACACAAGUUUGCUGCAAUUUGCAUUUUAAUGCAUUUGAACAGGAAAGCCCAGAGUGAUAAUCAACAACAAGAAAAUGCAAGUUCUAACAGCUCUUCGGGGUCUAUUAGCACUACGUCCAAAACUGCACAAUUUCAACAUUGUGCGAUACCAGUAUCAUUACAAAAACACCACGAGUAUUUGCAGCGUUGUUUGGAAUCAAAGAACAACAGUUUGCAAGACUAUGCGAUCGCUCUGAUAUGUAACGCUUGUAGCACGACAACAGAACUUUUCAACGGACCUAUUAACUCUCUAAUUGACAGUAUUUAUGGAGAUUCGACUACGACACCUUUACCCGGAGAAAACUGCGUAGCUUUUGCUAAAACAACACCACUUUCAAUGAGUCUCCUCGAUUCUUUAACUGUUCACACAAAAAUGAGUUUGAUUCAUCAUAUUGUGGUCAAAGUUAUGAAUUUGGCGCAGAAUAAUUCGAACGUGGCUUUGUCACCUGCAGUGGUAGAGACGUACAGUCGAUUGUUGGUUUACAAGGAAACGGAAUCGCUUGGGGUCAAAGGUCUUAUUAGUCAAGUAUUUCCGAAAGUUUUACAAAAUAACUCACUCGGUAUUUUGAAUACUUUAUUGGAAAUGUUCAGCUAUCGUUUGCAUCAUAUUCAACCUCAAUAUCGCAUCCAAUUAUUGACAAAUUUACACCGGGUAGCAGCAGAGCCUAAUACUGAUCAUAACCAGUUACAAAUUUGCGUAGAAAGUACUGCAUUACGAAUGAUCACAGCAUUGUCCAACGCAGAUGUUAAACCACAAUUAUCACGAUUCACGAGUGAACCGAAACAAAUAAUUUCCAAAGAAUCGGAGGAACUUAACCGUGCAUUAGUGCUCACACUUGCAAGAUCAAUACAUAUCACAGGGGCCGAGACAAUUUCUGGAUCGUGGUGUAACGAUUAUCUGAAAGCAAUUUUGGAAGAAACUCCACAUAGAUGGGCUUCACAUACUUUGAAAUGUUUUCCACGUAGUUUACAAAUAUUUUAUCAACAUAACCAAAUCGAAUGUACGAAUAAAGAAACGCUAAAAAAGAAUGUCGAAGACGAAUAUCGAAAAUGGAGCCAAGUUAUUAGUAAAAGUGCCCAACCUGGCAAUUCGAAUAGCAACAGCAAUGCAGCAGUAAGCGAAAGCGACGCUUUAGCGUAUUUCACUAUGGAUGGCUCACCUCCGUUCUUUCUGUGUCUGUUAUGGAAGAUUCUAACUUUAGACAGAAAGCCUUCACUGGUUUGUCACAAUAUUCUAACUGUCAUUGGACGUCGAAAAUUAUCAACACAUGUGCGAACUUUUUCAGAUUUUUUGGUGCACGAGUUCUCACUAGAUGGUGGUAGUCAUGUAAAACGAUACAUUCCAAUUGUGCGAGAUAUGAUUUUGAAAUACAAUCUGAUAUUUCUGGACCAACUAAUUUUAUGCUUGGCUUUGCGUUGCAAUGAAGGAAAUGAAGCGCAGGUUGCUUUUUUUAUUAUUCAGUACUUGUUGAUGAAGCCGGAUGAUUUCCGUGCGAGAGUUCAUUCAUUUGUGCAAGAUACAAAAUCUGCGGAACAUUGGACGCUAGAUGACUGGCAUGUCAAACAUAUGAAUUAUCAUCGAAAAUUUCCUGAGAAAUUUUAUUUCGAAGGUUUGAAAUCUUCGGCCACUGAGGGCGAAGAGGAAGAAAAGAGCUCGGAUUCUUCUCAACAAUAUUUGCCGGUUUAUUUUGGAAACUUGACUUUGAGAUUUCUUCCAGUUUUUGAUUUAGUUGUUCAUCGAUUUUUGGAAUUAAUGCCGGUAACGAAUUCGUUAGAAACAUUACUUGCUCAUCUUGGUCCGUUGUAUAAAUUCCAUGAACAACCAAUUACGUAUUUAUUCAAUACAUUGCAUUAUUAUGAAGCUAGAUUACGCGAUCGUCAUAGUUUGAAAAAAACUCUUGUUUCGACGAUUAUAGGAUCAAUGAAUGAUACAAAACCACAGAACUGGGCAUUAUCUGAGCAAUACUUGAAUUACGCUGCUCAACAAGACAAUUGGAAACCUGAAAACAAUUAUUUUUGUAUGUUAGUGAGACGUCUUGUUGAUACAAUUGAUGGGAAACAUCCAGCACCGUUUCCAGCUUGCGAUUGGCGCUUUAAUGAAUUUCCAAACGCCGCUGCUCAUGCUCUUCACGUCACUUGUGUUGAGUUGAUGGCUUUACCAAUGCAACCUGAAUCUGUUGGUCUGGCUUUAAUGGAAGUUGUUCUCAAAAUGCAAUCUGUGAUAGAGCGCAAAUAUGUAAUGAUGUGGACCAAUGCUGUUGCUCUUUUACUCACAACUUUACCGGAAAUUUACUGGAAACCGUUACACACAGAAUUAGUGAAUGUAAUACAAUCACCAGCACUGAAUUCUUCUGCAGUCGGCAUGACAGAGUACCCGUAUUACUUGCUUAAAUUUUCCGAUCAGCACUUGUCUUUUUCUGACCAUUCUUGCACGCGUUUACUCGCUCUUACUCACGUAGUGUGGCAUCAUAUGGGAAUCGGACAGCUCUCACUCGUUCCGCAGUUUUUAAAAGAACAAGUCAAACCUAACGUAAUGACAGAACUUCAACUUUUGUAUGUCUUUCAUCUGAUCGGGCCGUUUUUGCCGAGGUUUCAGCAUGAGCGAACACGAUGUAUGAUUGACGUAGCAGUGGUUUUAUACGACAUGCUCUUGCAAGUCAGCGAAAAUUGUGAUGACAUACGUUUCAUGGAUGAAAUUGCCGACUUCUUAUACCAUCUCAAGUACAUGCAUAUUGGAGUAGCGAUUAAUUAUCAAGUAGAAGGUAUUAUUGAUCGAUUGAAACCAGGAAUGCGGAAAAGAUUAAGGUUCAUCAUCCACACCGCAAGUGCCAAACAACAGUUCAGAAGUCCGAGUGCACCGUCCUCUGCUAGUCACGAUGAUGGGACCUAAAGAUUGUGGAUACAAUUGGACUUUAUAAAUAAUUUUUUUUAUCUUCAGUAAAAGCUGUGGACAAGUAAUAUGUAUACUUUAAGCAGCUUAUAUCUCAACAUUAAUAAGAUGGCUCAUCAUAUAGCGCAGGUUUUCCUAAACUUUCAAUCUUGCGACCCCUUUCAAUAUAUUGAAAUUUUCUGCGACCUCUGUUUAGGUUUGAAAUGCUGAACCAUUCAAUGCACGCAUGCCGCUUUUCUGAUCCUAUGUAUUUUCUCGAAAUCGUGAGAUUUAUGUUUUGCACUGGCUCUAAUAAUUGUGUUUUGGAUCAGAAAUCUAAAAAAGUAUAUUAGAUAUAAUACCCUGUGUUAAAUUGGUGUACUCGGCCCCUAAAAUUUGUUACUCGAAAUCCCCCCCCGACUGGAUCGCGACCCCAAGUUUGCGAACCUCCGAUAUAUCGAAUUAUGUCAUCUCAUUCAGUUACCAGUAAGUGUGUAUUUGUUUCGAAAACCAGUUCAACAUUCCAUAUCUAUAAACAUGCUCCCAUGAUUGUACUAAUGUUAAAAUAAUCUUGAUUAAUUAACACUUAUUCCUCAUGGAUGUUUCAUUUAUUGUGUGCUAUAGAAUUCUAUAAAAAGCAGACAUUGAAAUAUUUACUCUUGUGUGGGUGGGGCAGGGUGUGUGGUUUUGAUUACAACAUCAUCUUUAACUAAAUACAUGUCGUCAAAAUCACUUUUUCCUGAAUUUUUAUUUUAAAUAAUUUAUAAAUUUAGGAUAGGGGGAAAACAAAACUGUAUAUCAUAGCCCAGCUAUCAUAAAGAUUUUAAUUUUUCCCAUGGACAAAAAUAUUCAGGUUUUCUUCAAAAAAAUCAUGCUCCAAAUGAGGUCUGUUUUUUGUAACCUUUACGAAGCUAUUUUGGAAUAUUUUGAUGGGCACAAAAAGUUUUGGAAUGUUUGAUCACCCACCCAUAGUCUACAAUAUUUAUUCCAAUAUUUGUUUGUUGUGUUUGCUUUGUUGAGUUACUAUAUCAGUUUUACUGCUUUGUGUAUAUAUUGUGUUAUCAUGCAGACUUGGUUGUAUGGUUAAAUACUCCUUAUUUAUUCUGACAAAAAUUUAUUCUUCAAUUGAAGAGGUUAUAAGUAUUGCACGAAGCCUUUAUUGUAGAGCAGGAAAUAGAAAGCCUUCAUAAAGUUCUGUAAUAAAUUAGGCCCAAAAAAAAAACUUGGGGGUUCUUCGUGCAACUUGUGGUUGGUGUAUUAAAUGAAAUGAAAAACAAACCUGGUUAAGAUAUAUUGUGAACUGACUUUGUCACAAAGUCAAAAUUGUAUAAUUGGACUUUAUGAACACCCUGUAUAAUGGCCAUUUUCAAAUCCAAUAGAUUUGAACAUUUAAGUAAUUGUUUAGUUUUGAGAAAUUUCUUGUAGUAAAAAAGAAUUCAGUUAAUUAACAGUAAUUUUACAUUGAUUAUUUUUAUUUUGUGCUUUUUGUGGUUGUACUUUGUUGUGACCUACAUUGAUAAUAAUAUCUGAUUUGCAGGCAAUAAUGAUAAAUUUGCAACAAGAUGCUUUUUUUCUCUUUUAUGAUUCUGCAGCUGUUCAUUAAUUUUUGCUAUGAUCAAUAUACAUUAGUCAUUACCAAGAUCGAAGUAUUUUUAACUCGUUUGAACUUGUUCGUUUUAUUUGUAAUAUUUUAGAGCAAAGUUAAUUAGUCAUUCAGUGAAUAAUCAUUUACCCAUUAGCAUUUUGUAUUUUUUAUGGUUUGUCCCUGCAUCUUAGUCUCGAAAACAAAGCUCCUUAUAAGCAGCCAUUGAUGCAAAGAGACUAAAGUUUUCCAAUUAGCACUGUAAACUUAUUUGAAUGACUGCAGAUAUAUUUAAAACUCUUAUUCCACUUUGAUAAUGUUUUUCACAUAUUAAUGGCCCUUUAAAAAACACAAAAAUAGCAUCAUAGUUGGUCUUGUACCGGCGUACCUGGAGUUUGUGUAGUGUUUUGAAGGUUAAAUUGUGGCGUUGUGAGAUAUCGUUCCAAGCUUGUUUUCAAAUCAUCAUUUGUAAAAAUAAAUAGCUGUUUGAAAAA